UCGUUAUUGCUGAAUGUAAAAGAUGAGGUCCCGAUAUAAAUACCGAAUCCGCCAAUAUGGGCGCGCAACCCUUCUUUUCCUCUGUAAGGAAGAAAUUUAAAUACUGUUUUCCUAUUUGAAAAAUCCAAGGAACAAUUUGAUCGUCGAAGUAUGAAAUCUUAAUAUCACAGACGAGAGUCCAAGUCGAUUUGAUUUCACCGCAGGAAAAUUGGCGCUAGAUAAAUAUCGAAGAGUGUAUGGCAAUAUUUUAACGGUUGUAUGCUGUUGCGAUUACACGCAGAGGAAAUGGGAAUAAUAAAAGAUGGAAGCGUGUCAGGAGUGCUACCUGACAUUAACUAUUUUGCCGUCAAUUAUCCCGGUUAUCCUUCUUCCAUUCCUCGAGCAAUUGAAACCCUUGGAGGUAUAGAUGGCAUUGCUAAGGCAAGAUCAUCAGAUGCCAAUUACAUUGAGCUUAGAUUCCGUCCAGAAGAUCCACAUUCUCAUCCUGCAUUUGGGGAGCUCCGCCAAAAUAAUUGUCUUUUGCUGCGUAUUACAAGAAAAACUACGCAUGAUGGACAGAGUUCUGUUUCUCAAGCCACCUUCCCUUCUGAAAUGAAUGAAAAUUCUUUACAGUCUAUUGAUAUAGAUCAUGAUAUCCGGAUCCCUGGAUCAGAAAAUUUUGUUCUAGGGAGUUCGAAUGAACUGGAUACCUCAGAUAAUGACGAAAUUGAUACUUCACCAGCACAGGACUCAACAAAAGAAGAGCUAAGAGCUGAUAUAGUUGCCAGAGUAGAUCAUGCAUAUAGUUUUGAUGGCAUGGUAGAUUAUCAAUAUGUACUGGCUGUUCAUGCCGAGACUUCUAGAAACAAGAAAAAGGGGCAUAUUGAUCCAGGUUUUGAGAAAGGCACUCUUAUGGACAUAGAGCAAGAUGACCUGAUGAUGCUUGUACCACCACUCUUUUCCUUGAAGGACAUGCCUGAACAAUUAGUGCUAAAGCCUUCUAACAUUGUAAAAGCAAAGCAGAAACAAGAGAAAAUCAUGCAACAACAGUGGGAGAUGGAUAUAACUCCAUGCUUUGGGCUUGAUUUCAAGAUAGAAGAAGUUCCACAAAAAAUAAACUGGGAGGACAAAAUAGUGAAGGGUUCAAAUGACUGGAUUUUGCAAACUGCUGUGUCUAAGCUCUUUGACGAGCGACCGAUUUGGCCAAAACGCACCUUGCAGGAACGUUUGGCAGAUGAUGGCCUAAAGAUUACAUAUGAUCAUCUGAAAAGGCUUCUUUUUAGAACAGCAUACUACUUUGGUUGUGGUCCAUAUCGCACUCUGUGGAUUAGGAAUGGUUAUGAUGCCAGAAAGGAUCCAGAAUCACGCAUAUAUCAGAGGGUUGAUUUUCGUAUCCCAAAGCCCUUAAGGGACUCUAUAAAUGCAAAUUCAAAAGAAGGUGAGAAGGUUUUAUGGAAAGAUAUAUGUGCCUUCAGAGUUGUUCCCCAUAAAAAGUUCUCUUCUCUUCAGCUGUACGACUUGCAAGAUGAUUAUAUUCAAGAACAAAUCAGGAAGCCUCCAGAACGGACAACUUGCAGACAAUCGACUGGGUGGUUUAGUCGGAGUACCUUUGACAGAUUGCGCUUGCAUGUUCGUGUAAGAUUUCUGUCCUUACUUUCAAGUGAUGCUGCGAGGACACUAGUUCUGUCGGAGUCUAGAAUUCUGGAAAGAUACAAACGGAGGGCAGGUUAUGAGGAAACAAGACAUGAAAGUGAUUCAGAUGGGCUAGAACAUGUUGAUAGAAGUUCAAUCUCUGCAGAUGCAACAAAUCUUGCUCAAAAUGAAAAUCAUGAGAGACAUCCUCAUCAUGAAGAGGAUGAAGAUGAGAAAGAUGAAGGAGAUGAUGAUGAAGGUGAGGAAGAGGAAGAGGAGGAGGAGGAAAUGGAUGAUUACGACUACCCACCACCUGAGAGAUUUGGAAGUGCAUCUCCAGGCAGAGAUUCUUACAUGGAUUUCCAGGAUAACAUCCCCAGAAAUUACCUACAAUUAUUGUUGGGAAAAUUUCCUUUCAGCGAAGUUGGUGAACAUGAUCCUACACAAAGCAAGCCAGGAGGCACUGAUCUCAGUGAUGGAGAAUAUGCCAUACAAGAGCAGGAUAGUGAUGAUGAUGAUUAUUGAUUGGAGCUUACUCAUGCGAUAUGUAUUUGAUUUUUCUUCCAAUGAUCAUGUUUUUUUUGGCAGCGUAGAUUUUGUUUUGUAGGUGUAAAUUACAAUCUUGUGGUUGGAGAGUGCAGAACAUGUGUAACAUAUUCUUUCAUGUGAACUCAAGGUCUGUAAUUUCUUAAAUCAUCAUCUCUUGUAUUUAUGAUUUGGAAUUGUGAAAAAGUUUCAUACAUUACCAUGA